UUCCAUGCACCGCCACUGCUGCUCCUGUUGUGUGAUCUUUUGAUUCAGGAUAAUAGGAAAGGAAAGAUGUCAUCUCUGGGAACUUCGAAAGGGAUUCUAGAGAUCGCCAAGUUUGGGGUUUACGUCACCGUUCCCAUCGUUCUUAUGUACGCUUUCGCCAACAACACCCACAACCUCCGCAAGUUCAUGGGAAACAGGUCGUACGUUGAAUAUCCGCCGGAGGCACCGAGGCCGCCAUCACCGGAGGAACUAAGGGAGAGGGCACGGGAGCUGGCUCGGAAAAGGAACAAUGCCUGAUGCUCCCUGUGGUGUGGUUGUGUACUAGUAUCACUGGUUAUACAGUAAAUAUGUUUAUUGUUAUGUGUAAUAAAAUAAUGAAUUCUAAACUACUCUAAAUCAAAAUAAAUAUGUUUUUUCAAACUACUCUAAAGAAGAAAAAGAAAUGCUUGUGGCGAUCUUAUAGC